CGAGUUCCUGGGGAAAACCCCAGGGCAAAGCGUUCAGAGAUGGGUUCCUUCACGAAGCACUAGACGAGAUGCCAACUCCAGCAACGAAAAAGAGCAACACGAUGCAAUCUUCAGGAAAGUGAGGGGAUCUGUCUGGAUCCUGUAGAAAAUCGGCACAUGUCCUGCUUCUGUAUCAGCCAAUGCUAACUGCUACAAAAACCGAGACGAGUAGUAGAAGGGGGUGGUGGGUGAGCAUACUCAACAAACUCACGCCUGAGAAGUUUGACAAGCUAUGCCUUGAGCUCCUGAAUGUGGGUGUAGAUUCAAAACUCGUCCUUAAAGGAAUCAUCUUGCUGAUUGUAGACAAAGCCCUAGAAGAGCCAAAGUAUAGCUUACUCUAUGCUCAGCUAUGUCUGCGCUUGGCAGAGGACGCACCAAACUUUGAUGGCCCUUCAACCGAGAUCCAAACAUCCCAAAAGCAAAGCACAACUUUCAGGAGAUUGCUGAUUUCUAAGCUUCAAGAUGAGUUUGAAAAUCGUGCCAGAAAUGUUGAAAUCUAUGACAAACAUGACAACCCUCUUACUUCUGAGGAGGAGGAGCAGCGUGCCAUCGCCAAGAUUAAAAUGCUUGGCAACAUUAAAUUCAUCGGGGAACUUGGCAAACUGGACCUCAUUCAUGAGUCUAUCCUUCAUAAGUGCAUCAAAACACUUCUGGAAAAGAAGAAGAGGGUCCAGCUCAAAGAUAUGGGGGAGGAUCUGGAAUGCCUCUGUCAGAUAAUGAGAACAGUGGGGCCGAGACUCGACCAUGAGAAAGCAAAGUCUUUAAUGGAUCAGUACUUUGGCCGUAUGCGAUCCUUAAUGAACAACAAGGACUUGCCUGCUAGGAUCCGCUUCUUGCUGCAAGACACGGUGGAACUACGUGACAACAACUGGAUCCCUCGUAAGGCUUUCAUUGACAACGGACCAAAGAUGAUCAACCAGAUUCGUCAGGAUGCAGUGAAGGACUUAGGUGUUUUCAUACCUGCACCCAUGUCCCAGGGGAUGAGGAUGGACUUCUUCCUGGAUAGCCCCUUCAUACCGAACAGAAUGAAACUGGACAGGGAAUCCCUUGGAGGAUUGGCUGAUAUGUUUGGACAGAUGCCAGGCAGUGGGAUUGGAACUGGUCCAGGGGUCAUUCAGGACAGGUAUUCCCCCACCAUGGGGCGCCAUCGCACCAACCCGCUUUUCAAUAGUCACAAUGGUCACAUCGCCCCUCCUCUGCAAACACAGUUUGAUAUUGGACCCAAGUCUUUUGUCAAGUCCAGUCAGGUGCAGAACCAACAUUUUCUUAGCCAGAAUCAGAACCACAUGACCCAGCAGCAGGUGCAGUCCAAGGACAUGCCUCCCCGCUUCAGCAAGAAAGGACAGCUAAAUGCAGAUGAGAUCAGCCUCAGGCCUGCACAGUCAUUCCUGCUUACCAAGAAUCAGGUGCCCAAGCUCCAACCUCAGAUCUCAACAAUGAUGCCUCCUAGUGCUCAGCCACCUCGCACUCAAACCCCUCCUCUUGGACAGCCUCCCCAGCUUGGCCUGAAGACCAACCCUCCUCCCAUUCAAGAGAAACCUCAGAAGACCAACAAGAAACCACCUCCUGCCAAAGAGGAGCUUCUGAAAAUCACGGAAGGAAUCAUGACCGAGUACUUAAACUCCAAGAACCUGACUGAGGCUGUGAUCAGCAUGCGAGACAUGAAACCACCGAAGCAUUUCCUGGCAGAGAUGCUCAGUAGGAUCGUUGUAUUUUCCUUGGACCGCUCUGAUGAGGAUAAGGAGCACGUCAGCACCAUGAUUCACUCUCUGCACACUGAGGGGGUCAUCUCUGGAGAGAACUUCAUGCAGGCUUUGCUCAAUGUCCUGGACCAGUGCCCAAAGAUCGAAGUGGAUGUGCCCCUGGUGAAGUCCUACCUGGCCCAGUUUGCCGGCCGGGCCAUCAUUGUGGAGUUGGUGAGCUUGGCGGAGCUUGCUCAUCCGCUGGAGAAUGGCACUCACUUCCCCCUCUUCCUGCUCUGCCUGCAGCAAGUGGCCAAGUUAAAAGACCGCGAGUGGCUCACUGACCUCUUCCAGCAGAGCAAGGUCAACAUGCAGAAGAUGCUUCCAGAAAUCGACCAAAACAAGGACCGCAUGCUGGAGAUUCUUGAGGGAAAAGGCUUGAGCUUCCUGUUUCCACUGCUGAAGCUGGAGAAAGAGCUGCUGAAGCAAAUCAAGGCAGACCCCUCCCCACAGUCCAUCUACAAGUGGAUUAAGGACAAUAUCUCACCCAAGCUUCACACUGACAAAGGCUUUGUCAACAUCCUCAUGACAAGUUUCCUGCAGUACAUCUUCCAGGAACUAUGCAUGACAGAAGGUGACGACCUGCUGACGGCACCCACUAAAGAGCAGCUAGAGCAGGAGAAGAACUUCCUGCUGGCCUUCAAGCCUGUCAUGCAAAAAUUCCUGCACGAUCACACUGAGUUGCAGGUCAGCGCCCUUUAUGCUUUACAAGUGCACUGCAAUGCCAGCGGUUUCCCUAAAGGUAUGCUGCUGCGCUACUUUGUCAACUUGUAUGACUUGGAGAUCAUUGAAGAAGAAGCCUUCCUAGCAUGGAAAGAAGAUAUAACGCAAGAAUUCCCUGGAAAAGGAAAAGCAUUGUUCCAGGUCAACCAGUGGCUCACCUGGCUGGAGACAGCAGAGGAGGAGGAGUCAGACGACGACGCAGACUGAGAGCUUCAGCAGAGCCAUGGUGUUUAGCUUGACCACUUGUUGUAUUUAGGAUUUCUGUUCAUCAUCCUUAAGUGAACCACUAUCGCAUGGAACUCGCUGCUGCUGUGUCUCAAGCUUGUAAGUGUAGAACCUGAUGUGUCUGUGUCCACAUGCACAGUGACGAUGGGCAGAGAGGGAGCAGCCAGUUGCUCCACAGCUCUUCAUUCUGCAGCCACGUCAUGAGUUUGUAACAAGUAGAUUAGCGUGUUUUCGUUUUUAGGUUUAUUGACUUUCGCAUUCUGGUGUACUCAGUUGUAAUGUUGUCUCCUACCUGAUAGAAGGCAGACUGAUGGAGAGGAUCCUCAUUUGUUUUAGUUUCUACAUGGAAGCACCAGCAAGAACAUGUAGACAUGCUUCAUAAUCUUGAGCAUUUUUCCCCACAAAAUUAAAGAAACUCGAGGUCCUGUCUCUGAGGUUUGAAUUAAUUAUUAAACAGCAAAACAUUUCACAACAAAGUGUGUUUAACCACAUUUUUCUUCCAAAUAAAAAUACUCUUUAUGUUCAUGAUGAGCAUCUUGGUCGUCUCCCUCCUUACUACGAGUCAUUGCAAUAAUCAUUUGUUACAAUAUUUUUUAAAAAGCUUAGUUAAUGUUUCUGUUUAGACUUCUGAGGUUGGGUGUCCUGUGCUGUGAGGAACAUUAUUGAAGGCUAUUGAACCCACACCGAGGUCAACUUUUGAUUUGGUUUUGGAUUCUUUCUUUCCUUUUUAGGCAUUAAAGCGAAAUGUUUCCAGGGAGGCUUCUGGAAGUUUGCAAGUAUUACAACUUAAGAUUCUUGCACCAAUGAAAACAGUUGUCUGAAAUUUGGACCAAUUUGGACCAAUCAUAGCCCUGGCUUUAAAUAAAAUAAGACCAUUAAUCAUGAAAUGAACGAAUUGUACAUCCAUAAGUCUGACUCUAAAUCAAAUAAGCGUUUUACCCUAAACCUGUGUGUCUAUGUAUGGGACAGUGGAUUUUGUUGCAUAAUGUUCAUAAUUACUGUUCCCCUCUUGCUUAAAUGUCAAUAAAGUCCAACACAUGAGCA